AAUGGAGACCAACAGAGGAACGGGAACGAAGAAAGCAGAACUUUUGUUCGUGAAAGCUUCGUAAGCCUCUUGCUCCAACGAGGGCCGCCGGGUCCCUCGGAUGGUCAAAAGACUGAAGAGGCGGACUCGGACUUGGGCGAUUUGCUUUCCAUACCACGCCCAUCCUUCGUUUUGUUGUCAAUCAUGGACCACAGCAACAGGGAGCCGUUUAUCAAUGGUUAUGAUACUUUCCUCUUGGAUUCUUCUAGCCCCCCACUGGUCGCAGACCCUGGGCCAACCGCCGCGUCCCUCACCCCGACCGUCACGGACCCUCUUUCUGGAGGCGGUUUUGAUCCUACCGGCCUUGAUUGGGGCGAGUCGGGUGGCAUCAGAAGCCAGCAGGGUCCUGCUGAACUCCUCAUGGGACAAAUGGGCUCAUCCCAAGCAGAGGAGAUGAACCCUGGCAUGAAUGAGCAGGUGGGCUCUGAUGUUCCAGAUGCCUUUAUCGCCAACAAUCCCUUGCACGAUUCAAGCGCGCAUGGAUUAGAAGGUUUGAUGGGAGGGAACUACACGGUGAAUUAUAAUGCUGGCUCUGAGUUUCGAGAGCCAGUCAGUGGAAACAUCUUUGACGAUGUGGGAACAGAAGCUGUCACCGAUGAACCUCAUCUCAACCCAAACCAACUUGAGGAGCCUUCUAUUCUCACCAGAAUAGUAGCUCUAGAGGCCAAGGUAGAUGAGUUUCUUAAUUGGAAAGCUAUGCAAACUAGGAGGAGCGUUGAGUUGGCGAACAUGAUGGAUGAUAUUCUAGGCUUGCUCCAUGAAUUUGAGGUCAAGCUGGAUCUAGUGUCAGCGUCGGAGUUCCCGAGAGGAAACUGA